AUAUUUAAAUGACAAAAAUUAAUAUUAAAGAUAUAACUAGAAUAGAAAUUUAUUUUAAAAAGUUAGAAAAUGUCAAGAUUUCAAGAAAAAUAUAAACGAUGGAGUGAUCCCAAUUUAUAUAAUUCUUGCUUUUAUUGCACACCAAUAUCGGAAGAAGAAAUAGUACCUUCUCUGUAUCCAUCAGAAUUGUCAUCACAAUUAUUUUCAACAACACAAAAAUGUGUAUCUUAUAAAAAAACUUCAUCAAAUUACUGUUUAUGUCGUAAACAUUAUGACGAAAAAAUGAAAUCUUAUGACUCACAAAAUGUUAAGGCAAUAUUUUAUUACAUAUAUUAUGUAUAUAAGAUAGAAUAAAAAAGCUUAUAACACAUAUUUGUAUCUAUUACUUAUAGAAACUGAAAUGUUUGAAAUGUCAAGAAUCUGAAAAAAUAAGAGAAAAUUUAGAAUUACAUUUGACAGGAACUCAAAUAGAAGAAUCUUUAGCAGAAGAUAAACAAGCAGCUUUACUACAACAUCUAAAUUUAAGUAUUACUGCUCUUGAAGCUCUUGCACAGUAUGGACAAUCUUUGCAAGUAUCUCAAUUAGCUGCAUGUAGAGUGCUCAAUAUUAGUCAUUUAUUGACACUUCCUCAAUCAUAUUCUGUAAAUUCCAAAUCUGAUUCUUUACAUUUAACAAUGCAUCUUCAACAGGUAUAAUGAUUUUAAUUAUCAUACAUAUAAAAUAUAAGAUUGAAAAUUGUAAUCAUAAUUUGUAUAUAAAAAUAAUUACAAUAUAUUUUUAAAUAUAUUUUAAUCGAUUAUUUAUAUAAUCUAAUAUACAUAAUUUACUAAAUAUUAAUAUAUAUGUAUAUGUAAUAGUUGGAAGCACAAAAAGAAAAUAAAUUAAUUAUCUUACAAGAUUUGAUAGAACAUUGUUCGAAAUUCAUAACACUUCCAAAACAUUUUAAUGAAUUGAUGAAUAAUCAUUAUAUAAAGAAAAAAGAUUUUUAUAGAGCAACAAAAAAUUUCAAAAAUUUUCUUACUAAUUUUACAUUAUCUAUAUCAGAAUUAGAGAAAUUACAUCAGCAAUAUGAUGAUAUUUUAAAUAAUUAUCAACAAAGUAGAUGUAUAUUAGACUUGGAAUUACCAAAAGUAAUAAACAUACGUUUAAUGGCUCUUUGUGAUGGUUUUGAAAAGAUUAAGAAAUAUUAUAAUAAUACAGAUGAUGAUAAUAAAAUUGUAAUAUUAUUUAAAUCAAUUGGAGAAAAACUUCAUAAAAAUGAUACAAAUACAGGUAAUAGACAUAUGAUAAAAUUAUACAAUGUAUUUGUAUUUAUCAUAGAUUUAUUUUUAUAUUUAAUAGUAACAAUUUCCCAUGAUGAAGAUUCACCCAAACCUAAAUUAUGCCAAAAAUGUAAAAUAAAUUAUGUUACUGAUGAUGAACAAUGCUGAAAUAAACCAGAAAAUAACAUUGGCCUUGAUAGUAUAGUAACUGUUUUAUCCUUAGUUUAAGAAAAUAGAAAACACAAAUAAUACAUUUCAUGAAACCUUACAUAUAUACUAAUCCUAUUAUAAAUGAUUAUAGGUUUAAGCAUGC